AAAAAUUAAGCGCAGGAAAAAAGAAAUGACUGUGAAAAAAUAAAUGAAAAUGAUGGAUGGAGGAGGGAGGAUGAGUUUUUGGGGGAACGGAAUGUUCGGAAAACUGCAAAGUCGAAGACGUCGGUGGUAAGUUCCAAAAAACGAAGAAGGUAAGAUUUAUUUGACUAAAAUUAAUUAAUCGAGAAACACGGCAGUGAUUGAGCUUCGGUGUUGUUAAUUAAUUUUGGAAUUACUUUACAAAAUAGUUGAUUUAAUUGUAAUUUGUGUCGAAAAAACAAAAAUGAUUGUGUAAUAGUGUGUGUAAUUUUGUAUAGUCGAACCGAAUUACGCGGUGUGUGGCAUUCGGCGCGCAUUGUAUAACGUUUCUUUGUCCCGCGUAACUCUUAAAACAAACUUAUUUGUCGGAGCAAUUAACGUUGGGCUAUAACUGUUCUGCGAGCUCUUUUAUAAAUUAAGCGGAGAAGAAUGGAGCAAAGGCCACACGCAUGCAACAUGAUGAUCACGAUGAAGCAUCUGGUGUUCCUACUAAUGAUGAUGAUGGUACAAUCCGAACAUUCCAUCGAGAAAAGGUACCUGCUCUUUCCCACGAACACGAUCGUCCAGUUGUCAUACGGAAUCUCGGUGCCUGCGAUUCUUCCGACCAGAUCCAUUGCAAUCAGCUGGACGUUUCAGCACAACUACGCCCUGCCGCACAACAUCAGCAACUUCGAACCGUGGCUGGCGAGGCAAGGCGAGAUCUCCGGCUUCGACUUGGACAGAGUCUCCUUCUACGAAUACGCCAUCAGCGGACUGGAUAGUUUCGGUUUCGACGGAGAGGCCUGCCUGCUGCGUGCCAUCUGCGAGCUCUCCGAGAUUCCGAUGCAGCUGGACCAUCGAGACAACCUCUUGGAGCAAAUUACUCACUACAUACUUACUCCAUCUAUUGACUUGAGCGGAGGCGGAGGCGGCCACAACACCAGCGACAGCAACACUUUGGCGAACAGAGUCAUCGUCGCCGAGAAGUUGGGGAAGGCCGCAGGAAACUGCGACAAGAUAUUCCCCACCUGUGAUAUUAGCAUAAUGGAUAUUUUUACUAAUAAAAUAAACACUUGACAGAAACAAUUUGAAAUCAUUUU